GAUGCGGAGCGGGGCAUGGCGGCCCCGCCGCUCUGCCUGCGCCUGCUGGCCGCCGCCUUCUACGGCCUCAGCUCCUUCCUCAUCGUCGUCGUCAACAAGAGCGUCCUCACCUCCUACGGGUUCCCGUCCUCGCUGUGCGUGGGGCUGGGGCCAGGUGAAUGGUGGCCACGGUGGCCCGUGCUCUGGGCCGGGAAGGCGCUGCGGGUGGUCAAGUUCCCUGACCUGGACAGACACAUCCCCCGGCGGACAUUUCCUCUACCUCUCCUGUACUUCGGGAACCAGAUCACAGGACUGUUCAGCACGCAGAAGCUGAACCUGCCCAUGUUCACGGUGCUGCGGAGGUUCUCCAUCCUGUUCACCAUGUUUGCCGAGGGAUUCCUGCUCAAGAAGAAGUUUUCCUGGAGCAUUCAGAUGACAGUGUUUGCCAUGAUCUUUGGUGCAUUUGUGGCUGCCAGUGCUGACUUGGCAUUCGACCUGGAGGGAUACAUUUUUAUCCUCAUCAACGACGCCUUAACAGCUGCAAACGGUGCCUACGUGAAACAGAAGCUGGAUUCCAAGGAGCUGGGCAAGUACGGCCUGCUCUACUACAAUGCACUCUUCAUGAUCCUGCCCACCCUGGCCAUUGCCUACAUCACUGGAGAUGCACAGAAGGCAGUGGAGUACCAGGGCUGGGCUGACACCUUCUUCCUCGUGCAGUUCACGCUCUCCUGUGUGAUGGGGUUUAUUCUGAUGUAUUCCACGGUUCUUUGCACUCAGUACAACUCUGCUCUUACAACUACAAUAGUUGGCUGCAUUAAGAAUAUUUUAAUAACCUAUAUUGGGAUGUUUUUUGGAGGAGAUUAUAUUUUUACAUGGAUGAACUUCAUUGGUCUAAAUAUCAGUAUUGCCGGGAGCCUGGUGUACUCGUACAUCACCUUCACGGAGGAGCAGCUGAGCAAGGAGCCGGAGGCCGGCGCCAAGCUGGACCUGCGGGGCAAGAGCUCGGUGUGAGCGGGGCCGAGCCCAGCGCUGCUCCUGCCGGCCUGAUGCGGGCAGGGGGCCCGGGGUGCUCGUGAUUAGCACGGCUGAGAUUGCUGCCUUCCUUCGCAAAUCCUCGGCGACGCCCGCCCGGCCUGCGCGGGCAACGAGGAGCCUAAUUGAGCCUGAUUAACGGGAGGAAUUAACGGGUUUCUAAUCAAGGCGGGGCUGGCAGUGGAGAUGGGCACGGGCAGGGCUGGCAGCUCUGCCCCGGGGUGUGCCAGGGUGUCCCUGGCUGGAUCUGCUCCCUGGGGUCCUGGAUCUGCUCGCUGGGAUCUGGAUCUGCUCCCUGGGGUCCUGGGUCUGCUCCCUGGGGUCCUGGAUCUGCUCCUUGGGGUCCUGGAUCUGCUCCCUGGGGUCCUGGGUCUGCUCUCUGGGGUCCUGGAUCUGCUCCCUGGGAUCUGGAUCUGCUUCCUGGGGUCCUGGGUCUGCUCCCUGGGGUCCUGGGUCUGCUCGCUGGGAUCUGGAUCUGCUCGCUGGGAUCUGGAUCUGCUCCUUGGGAUCGUGGAUCUGCUCCCUGGGAUGCUGGAUCUGCUCCUUGGGGUCCUGGAUCUGCUCCCUGGGAUGCUGGAUCUGCUCCUUGGGGUCCUGGAUCUGCUCCCUGGGAUGCUGGAUCUGCUCCCUGGGGUCCUGGAUCUGCUCCCUGGGAUGCUGGAUCUGCUCCCUGGGAUGCUGGAUCUGCUCCCUGGGAUGCUGGAUCUGCUCCCUGGGGUCCUGGAUCUGCUCCCUGGGAUCUGGAUCUGCUCCCUGGGCUCUGGAUCUGCUCCCUGGGAUCUGGAUCUGCUGAUCCCAGCGGGCUGGGAGCUGGGGCUGGCUCUGUGCCCAGCCUGCUCCCUCUGGAACAGGGCAAUGCCCUGGGAGCUGCUCCUGGGCUGUGCCAAGACCUCCGGGGUGAAUGUUCACUGCUCUCUGGACUGAAUUUAAGCUGUUUUCAGUUGGUUUUCUGUUUGCUUGGCCCAUUAACCCACUUUCCAAGCUGGGUUUGCCCUCCUGGCUCUGUCAGAGCCCUGCAUCCACCUCAGUCCCUCAGAGGUUGGUGACAUUCCCAGCAGGAAGGGUUUUCCUGCCCUGCUGAGCUCUGCAGCCUCCCUUGGAUCCAGCCUGGCUUUGGGAAAGCUGCUGCCUUGCUGGGAGGAGCUGCUGGGGCCACAGGAGAGCCAAGGUGGCACAACUGGCACAGCACAUCAGGGAAUCGCAGGGGCUGCAGCUCCCACCCCUGGAAGAGGCACAAGGACUUAAAUCUUCUUUUUUUGGCAAGUACAGGGGGCCCCAUAAUUCCUGUUUUCUAUGGAAUGAAUCACUCUGAGUUUGUGACCCACUAAAAGAGUGGAACUGUAGAACAUUGGGCAGUGUUCAGUGAGUUUUAAAGGUUGUCUUACCCAGCACCUCUUUCCAGGUUGUCUUUUGGUUUUAAAAGAAUUGUUUUUAAGCUUGGUUAAAAAAAAUUUAGUAAAAUAACGUAUUUAGAGAUUUUUGUACCCUAACAGCUUCUCUAGAAACUGACAGUGGGAUUUUUUAGGAGAUACUUGCUUAAGCUGAACUGCUGUUGGGCAAAGCUGAAUUUGUUGGAAUUUUCUGGAAGUGUUUGGAUGGGAAGGAGAUUUUCUGUGAGGGUGCAGCUCCAGCCUGCUGUGCUGGGGAAGGUGUGGAGCGAAUCAGCUCCAACAUCCCACUCCUGGAGCAAUUCCAGAGCCACAAUUCCCCUUUUUUGUGGCAUUUUGUGGUCACUGCAGGCAGUUGGGGUGUCGUGGAGCAGCCCCUCAGCACAUUCCCCCUGUGAACACAGUCAAAAGGAAAUCCCUGAUUAUUUUGUCUCCCAAAAUUCCAGUAAAACCUUGGCUUUGUACCGGGCAGGGAGGGUCACAAACCUUUCCUGGUGUGGAGAAGCCCCCCAGUCCCAGCCCAGAUGGGGUUGCUGGUCCCAGUACUGGUUCUGGUUUUGUACUGGUUGUUCUGGUUCUGUCCUGGUUCCCAGUGCCCAGGUGCUCCUGCCCUUGCUGCAGCAUUCCCAAUUCCCAAAUCCCAAUUCUCAAAUCCCAUUUUUCUCCCCCUUGUGCUCCAGCUGCACCAUGCUGAGGUCACAGCCAGCAGGGUGAUUCUGCCAGAGGGGUUUUUAUGAUUUUCUGUUUGUUUUUGAAUCUACUGGUUAGAUUUGCAGUCCUAAGAGAGAAGGAUUUUUAAAGCUUUUUUUUUUUUUUUUUUGUCCACGCUGGGAUCCUGCUGGAUCCUAAACACUGGGAAAGCCAAGAAUUCCUCUAACAGUAUUUUCUAUGCUAUUAAUUGACUAAAAAACAAAUGUUUUCUAUAGAGAAUCUAUUUACAAAAUGAGCAUUUUAGUGAUGAAAACCUGAAUGUAUGGCAGGCUGUGGAUGUGAGGAAUGAGAGCAGAAAGGAUUUAUGUGCCUCUGUAUUUUUGUAUUUGCUUCCAAUAAACCAAUGAACCAAA